AUGGCGGGGGUGUGCGCGCUGGUGGCGGCCGCGGCGCUCGUGGCGCUCGUGGCGCUGCUGCUGCGCUGGCGGCGGGCGGACGGCGACCUCACGCUGCUGUGGGCCGAGUGGCGGGGCAGGAGGCCAGARAAUGAACUGCCUGGCAAAGUUGUCUGGGUGACGGGAGCUUCGAGUGGAAUCGGAGAGGAACUGGCUUAUCAGCUGGCCAGGAUAGGAGCCCUGCUUGCCAUCUCGGCGAGGAGAGAGGACGAGCUGCAGAGAGUGAAGAAGAAAUGCCUCGAGAUCAGCAACUUGGGUGAUAAAGAUAUCCUUGUUUUGCCGCUUGACUUGACUCAGAGAAGCUCUCAUGAAGCUGCAACCAACAGCGUCCUUAAGCAUUUUGGCAAGAUUGAUGUUUUGAUCAACAAUGGUGGACGCUCCCAGCGCUCKCUGUUUGUGGAUACAAACCUGGAUGUUUUCAGUGCCAUAAUGGAGCUUAACUACCUGGGUACAAUCUCGUUAACAAAGUAUGUCCUGAAUCACAUGAUCCAAAGGCGAAAAGGGAAGAUUGUCACCGUGAGCAGUGUGAUGGGUAUCAUGGGAGCCCCUCUUGCCUCGGGGUACUGCGCCAGCAAACAUGCUCUGCAGGGCUUUUUUAAUUCUCUCCGGACUGAGCUCACUGAUUACCCAGAGAUCAGUAUUAUCAACAUCUGCCCAGGACCUGUCCAGUCUAAGAUCAUCCAAAACGUCUUUACGGAGAAUCUUGCAAAGUCCCUCGAGAACAGCGGGGACCAGUCCCACAAGAUGCGAACCGACCGCUGCGUGCGGCUCACGCUGGUCAGCACGGCCAACGACCUCAAGGAGGCCUGGGUGAGCGACAACCCCUACCUGGCCGUGUGCUACCUGUGGCAGUACGCGCCCACCUGGGCCUGGUGGCUCAUGAACAAGAUGGGCAAGAGGAGGAUACAGAACUUCAAGAGCGGCGUGGACGCUGAUGCUUCUUACUCGAGAAAGAAUAACUGAGAACAAACCUUUCCAAAACGCUGGUGCCUUGAGUUACUCUCAAGUAACUUUUUUGAAUUGCCUGACUACAAACAAGAACUUUGGGUAUUCUAUAAUGUCUUGUGCUUCUGUCAUCAUGUAACUUGACARUUAUAUCAAGCUGUAUACACACAACUGAAUAAAAAUCUGUUUAUAAACAUA